AUGCCACUCCAACUUCUGUCGCCUCACCCGCCCGUGCCAAGCCCCCCCGGCCCAGUUAGGGCUAUCCCCGAAUCCAAGCAACAGCCCGUGACCCUUUCGACACCCCCGGCAACACCAGACGCGAUGGUCCAACGAGUCACUCUUCGAACCCGGAAAUCGUACAACACCUCCUCGAACUUGAGGAGAAUCAUCAAGACACCCGGUGGCAAGCUCUCCUACCUCCGACUCCACAAGCAGGCCACCGCUCCAAAAUGUGGUGACUGCCGCAUUGCUCUCCCCGGUGUUCCCGCUCUCCGACCCGUCCGGUACGCCACCGUUUCGAAGCGAAUCAAAACCGUCCAACGACCAUACGGUGGUUCCCGCUGUGGAAACUGUGUUCGAGACAGAAUUGUCCGAGCCUUCUUGGUCGAGGAGGCUAAAAUUGUUAAAAAGGUGUUGAAGAGUCAGGCCGUCCCGAAAUCCAAGAAAUAA